AUGAUGGCGCAUGAGAUUGGAAGACCAAUAGAGAUACAAAGUAUUAAUGAUAACAGGAAAUCAUUUCAGAAUAAAAUGACCUCUAAUAGCAGUAACGUUAAAAAGAAAAACAGUGGGGAAGAAGGGAACAGCGGCAGUGGUGCGCAAGAAGCGGCAAAAGUUCGCUUGCUUCCAAGUGGGAAUCCGGUUGAUUUUGGUAAUGGCACCAAAGACAAAUCACCAAGGAAAUCCAAGCCGCCACCGAUCAAAUUGUCGAGUUUGCCGUCGUUGCCGAACGGCGAAAAGCCAAACUUCCAGCCUUUAAGAGACACGUUUGUCAAGAAGAAACAGUCCAGAUCUAACAAGGAGAUUGCAAAGGCAUCGUUGCCCAGUGGCGAAAAACCCAACUUCAACAAUGAAGCGUCGACUACCAAGUCGAAAAAACCCGGGAAUGGCAAACAACUGAAGGAAAAGGGCGUGGUUGCUGUUGGACCGAUUGAAGAUGUCACUUAUGCCGGGUCUUCAUUCCAUUCUUCGCCUGCUGCGUUGAACUUGCCUAAACCAAAGUUUAAAACAUCACCAAAACAAGUCGAGUCCGAUGGUACGGGGGAAUUGUCUAAAAGUUUCAAUGAACUUGCUUCGUUGUCGGAAACUUCUCCCGCGGGCUCCCUUUCUGCUGUACUGUCAGUGGGAAGCCCUUCACUACAAAAGUUGCAACGUCAACAAACUCCGCAGUCUCAACAGCCCCUUGCUGCUGCUCCUCCUCCUCCUCCUCCUUCGAAUUCAGUUACUGCUGCUCCUCCUCCUCCUCCUUCGAAUUCAGUUACUGCUUACCCACCAGGAAGUCUUCUACCACAAAUGUAUCAGCAACAGCAACCGCAGCAACCACAGCAUUUAGCUCAAGGCUAUGCACCUUCGCCACAUUUUAUUCAACCGGGAUUUGCAUAUCAUGUGAAUCCUAAUGGGUUUAUAUCUUAUCCACCGCAGCAACCGAUUUACCCUGGACCGUUUUCUCACCAACCCCACCAGCAUUCACAACCACAACCACAAGCUCAGCAAGCUCACUCAUUUCCACAUCAUCCACAACAACAGCCAAUUUUCACUCAUUACAUGACUGCACCUCCCAUGAUGCAACACCCCAAACCUCAACAACCUCAACAGCCUCCACAACCUCAGCAACUUCAACAAGAACAAAAUCAGUCUGGUCAGAAGAUUACAUUUAAUGAUCUUUUAAGUUCUUCAAAAUGA